AUGGCGAUCGAGGACGGCUCGACCACCGGAGAGGUCGAGGAGGUCGACGACGAUGACGAGGUUGGCGCGUGGAGGUCGUCGGAGUCGACGUCCACGACGACCAGACGUACAUAUGGAGGUGGUGGCGGCGGCGGACAAGCAGGAGGUUACUAUGGGUCUAGCGGCCAGGGUGGUGGCAGUGGUACCGGCUCCGGCUCUAGUGAAGCUGGAAUAUACAAGUAUGGACCGGGUUAUGCAAAUGCUAAUGCCAAUGGCAACGGUGAAGGAAAAGGCACAAGUCAGAAUGGUGGUAGCGGCGGUGGUCAAGGUGGUGGAACUGGCUAUGGUAACGCAAACCCUUAG